GACUGAGGACAAGACAAACCGUACGCGCAUCAUCCCCCAAAUCCCGAGAUUUUCACAGCGAAAGUCAGCACAUCAAAGAGGCACGCAGCCCACACACACACCAGUACACCACACCAACCUUCCCGGAGCCUCCCCUUCAAUGCCUCGCCUCUGCCUAUAUAGGCAGGAGCAAAGCUACUGGGUGACACACAAACCAUUGAUAGCCUGUGCGUCUCCAAGAAGAGGCUUGCCGCUGCCGCCAUUGGAGCCCUCUCGUUUCUGCUCGAGCUCUGCAUUUCUUCAGUAGGAGGAGGAGGAGGAAGAGUUGGAGUCGCCAUGUCGUCGUCCCUGCUCACUGACCUCGUUAACCUCGACCUGUCGGAGAGCACGGACAAGGUCAUCGCCGAGUACAUAUGGGUUGGUGGUACUGGGAUGGAUGUGAGGAGCAAAGCCAGAACGUUGUCUGGACCUGUUGAUGACCCAAGCAAGCUUCCAAAGUGGAACUUUGAUGGCUCCAGCACCGGUCAGGCUACCGGUGACGACAGUGAAGUCAUCCUCCACCCUCAAGCCAUCUUCAGAGACCCAUUCAGGAAGGGGAAGAACAUCCUGGUCAUGUGUGACUGUUAUGCGCCGAAUGGCGAGCCGAUUCCGACGAACAACCGGUACAAUGCAGCAAGGAUCUUCAGUCAUCCUGAUGUCAAGGCUGAAGAGCCAUGGUAUGGGAUUGAGCAGGAGUACACCCUUCUUCAGAAGCACAUCAACUGGCCUCUUGGCUGGCCACUAGGUGGCUAUCCAGGCCCUCAGGGUCCGUACUACUGUGCGGCGGGAGCCGAUAAAUCGUACGGGCGCGACAUCGUUGAUGCCCACUACAAGGCCUGCCUGUUUGCCGGCAUCAACAUCAGCGGGAUCAACGCAGAAGUCAUGCCGGGGCAGUGGGAGUUCCAGAUUGGCCCUGUCGUUGGCGUCUCCGCAGGGGAUCAUGUCUGGGUGGCACGCUACAUUCUUGAGAGGAUCACUGAGAUUGCUGGCGUCGUCGUGUCCUUCGACCCCAAGCCCAUUCCGGGAGACUGGAAUGGCGCCGGUGCUCACACCAACUACAGCACCAAGUCGAUGAGGAGCAAUGGCGGCUACGAGGUGAUCAAGAAAGCGAUCAAGAAGCUUGGCAUGCGCCACCGUGAGCACAUCGCCGCCUACGGCGACGGCAACGAGCGCCGCCUCACCGGCCGCCACGAGACCGCCGACAUCAACAACUUCGUCUGGGGCGUAGCGAACCGCGGCGCGUCGGUGCGUGUCGGCCGGGACACCGAGAAGGACGGCAAAGGUUACUUCGAGGACAGGAGGCCGGCGUCCAACAUGGACCCGUACCUGGUGACCGCCAUGAUCGCCGAGACCACCAUCCUCUGGGAGCCCAGCCACGGCCACGGCCACGGCCAAUCCAACGGCAAGUGAGGAGGAGUCGCCUCGCCCGGGUUGAUGAACUGCUUUCUCGCGUUCUGGGUUUCAUGGAAAUCUGUGUGUGUGUGUUCUCUGACGCUGGUGCUGUUAGAAACUUCCAAUAAUUCAGAAAUAACUGCGAUGUGCUCUCAAAUUUCUCAUGAGGCCAUCACCUGCAGCAUCUCAUGAAAUAGAUCUAUUGCAAUGACAAUACCAAUGGCAACGCAAAAUUUUAUGGUACCUCCAGAUACCAUCUACUCUCCUCAAUAAUGACAAUAAAAUUGUUUCUCUGGGUUAA